GGGAAAUCAGAAGAACCGCUGCUCUGGAGUGGAGACUGGAACGACCGAAGUCCAAAGACGAAGCGACGAAGGAGUGAAGCUGUGAAGUCGUGAAGGACGGAAGGAGGACGACGAAGGACUGAGCGUCUUCCUCCGCCACCAAGCGCCAGCGCCAGGCCGCCACUGCCCCACCGGCCACGGCACCACGCCUCUCACCUCCAGUCCUCUGAUUCCUCUCCAACGCCUCAACACACCACGAUUCAUUCAUCGCCCAGGUUUAAUACGCAGCGCAAAUAUGUUCUUUACGGAAGAAGAGAAGACGACGGUAUUUACGGUUCAUAAGACUGUGAUGAGUAUGCUGCGAGACAGGGGCUACAUGGUUGAAGAUGCUGAGAUUAAUUUGACUAGAGCGGAUUUUAUUGCCAAAUAUGGUGACCGUGUGACGAGAGAGAACCUCGAAAUGCAAAAGGAGAUGCACAACGACAGUUCUAAUAAGAUCAUGAUUUUCUACCCCAACGAUAGCAAGAUUGGUGUUAAGAAUAUAAGAGGUUGUCUUCAACGCAUGAAAGCAGAAGAUAUCACCAGGGGAAUUUUGAUUCUCCAAAAGAAAUUGGCUCCACAAGCUCGUGCCUGCAUAGCUGCAGCAUCUUCAUUAUAUCUCAUCGAUGUUUUUGAGGAGGCUGAAUUAUUGUUCAACAUAAAGGAGCAUGAACUUGUUCCUGCUCACCAGCUGCUUACAACUGAAGAAAAGAAGAGAUUGUUGGAGAAAUAUACUGUCAAAGAAUCACAGCUGCCGCGGAUAUUUGUGAAUGACCCUGUUGCCAAGUACUAUGGGCUAAGGCGUGGUCAAGUUGUGAGAAUCACCAGGGAAAGUGGGACCGCAGGGGACUAUGUUACGUAUCGGUAUGUUGUUUAAACUAAGCUUGUAUUCCUUUCAGAAGACAGGAAUGUAAACUAUGGAAUUGGCAUACCAGUUUUUAUGUCUCAAGGAGAACAGCGUGCGGCAGCCUCAACCUGGAGUUUCCUUUCAUGGAGUUGGUGUUAAAUACACUAGAUAUCUGUGAACUUAUUAUAAAUGAGUUAAGUUAGGGGCAAGAAGAUGCUCAAGUAAAUGUUAGUUUGAUGAAAACACCAUUUAAGUGGCUACCUAUCAUUUUUCUGGUUAUUCUUGCAUAUCUUUCUGAGUCUUCAUACGCUUUGAUCUACUUUUACAUAAUAUGAUUAUCCAAUUAAAAUG